AUGAUCUCCCAAUGGCCAGAGCCCUCGUUCAAAGAGGGUGAUUUUCAAGAUGUGUCUCACUUUGCCGAUAUCUUCGAGCUGCACUGUGCGAAAGUGUUUGAUCAUGCGAUGCACCAUCCAAGCGACACCGUCUCCGCCACCUAUGUGAUGGACCUGGUGUCCCAGGCCUACCGCGCCGUGCAUUGCCUCGGAAUCCAGAGGAAGGCAGUGUCCUGUCUGGACACGAAGCAUUCCACUGCGUCCCUGCGGAGCAAGGCCUUGGAAUAUCGCGAGACCCAGAUACCACCAUCGACGGAGGAUGCCGAGGCUGGUGACACAGCUGAUGCUGAUGCUGAAGACAAGCACCAGAAGGCUGUCAAUCGCAUUGUGGAAAAUUUCUUUAACAAGGACAUCGACGAAGAAGACGAAGGGGAAGAUGAAGACUGGUCAGAGGAGGAGAGCGACACUGACGAUGAGUAUUAUGAAUACCACGAAGAGUCUGAAGACGACGAGGAUGAGCGAGGAAGUAACGAUGAAGAGGACACUACAGAGAUCAUACAAGGAGUCGGGGCAAUGGAAAUAAUCGAAGAAGACCAAGAGGAGGAUACACUCGGGUUGAAUACCGGGGUCGAGGAGGCCGAAAUACCAGCACCCUCGGUCUUUCUAUCGCGAGAUCAAGGCAUCCAUGAGCGAAUCUUGGAUUCCUUACAAUCACUGCCCCCUCCAUAUGAUACCUCGACUCCUCCAAUGGAAGCUUUCACGCAAACGACGCCGCCUUCUCCUGAUAACGACCAGCAUGAAGUGGUAGCAGUAACGACGGUGACGCAAGAGUCGACUCAAGGCGUUCCUUUAACUCGGCAGCCGGAGCCCACAGCGCAAGAAGUCCCAACUCCAGAGACGCCGACCACCGAGUCGGAUACCACGGAGCGAAAAGCUAGUUAUGAUGGGGCUGGGUUGCGCCGCAGCUUGACGUUUCGUCGUCCCGGCGGUGUCCCUCAACGAGUCAAGACCGUAUGCUACAGAUACGUCAGGAAAGCGAUGGUGCCCAUCCGUGGAAAAGUUCAUUGA